AUGGACAUAGUGCUUCAGUGGAAGCUGGCAUUUCUUGAAGGAAGCACUCCAUCUUCGGUGCCAGCCCCUGCUGCAGGAAGGAAGGCAAAGCCAGACACGGGCACAGGCACAGCAGACUGGGAUGCUGGGAAGAAUUCUCCAUUAGCCUGGCGCUCUGAAGUUGUGAAGCCCUCCGAGCAUUCUGCAGGCGUGUCUGCAGAGACGCCUUCACCAACUCCUACCUUGGUUGCUGCACAAAAGCCCAGCUCCCAUCACAGGGGUCCUACGACAGGAGAGACCAAAGACAUGGCAGGCAAGAAAUUCCAGGACCCAUUAGAAGUCAUGUGGCAAAUGCUGAAGGAAUGUCUGCAGAGAAGGCAAGAAAUGAAAGGAGAGCCUGUGCAGAAGGAAGCAUUUCCCAGAGGAAGCAGUGGUUCUGUGCCAGCCUCUGCUGCAGGAAGGGAGGCCAUGCCAGGCACAGGCACAGGAGCUGAACCUGCCGGUGAAGGCCCCACAUCCAGGACUGAGGCUCUGGGAGAUGCUGAGGGUGUGUCUGCAGGGAGGACUUCUCCAACUCCAGGGCUGGAUGCUUGGCCCCAACCCAGCUCCCAUGGCAGGGGGAAGACCCAAGAUACUGCAGCUAAAAAGUCUCAUGAGGCAGAUGAAUUCCUGACAGAAACACAGAAGGAAGCACCCGGAGGACAAGUGAUGGACCAAAAGGCUCUGCAGGAGGAGGAACACCCAGGGAGAAGCAGUGGCUCAUUGGAAGCCCCAGCUGCAGGAAGGAAGGCGAUGCCAGACACGGGCACAGGCACAGCAGAUGCAGCCGGCACCACAAGACCUGUUCCCAAUGCCCAGGAUGGCCUCGGAAGGGGUUUCUGUCAGGGAACAGGCUGCUGGCUAGGGUUUCUGGCAGGCAUGCUUUAUUUGGAGCUUGUCUUCAUCUUGUGCUGCAUUGGAAUCUGGUAUUCCUGGAACAGAAAACAGAGUACCUCGGGACAGGAGUUGGAAGACGGUGGCUGCACCUCACACCCAGACAGCGCGAGCAGCUCCUCCAGCAGCAGGAACGGCCUGGACAGCCCUCUCAAGUCUUCUGUGAAGAGGACCCCAGAACAACAGUCUACGAGGGAACCUCCUUUUACCCCGUAGAUCCCACUGCCACCUGCUCUCCCCAUGGGCCUCCCCAAGCUGUCUUCAUCCCUUUUUUUAUCUUUGUCUGUCCCAUCCCAGCCAACUCAAGUACCUCUAGGGACCCCAGGACCAGCCCAGCACCCUCCAGCCCUUCCUGAGACCAACACAUCCCUUCCUCUGCCCCUGAGCCCCCUGGCCUU